AUGUGGAUCGACGACCGACACAACCUCUUCUACCGCCGCGUUUCGCUCUACCUCACCUCCCUCCCGUCGCUCGAGGACUCCGAUUUCACCAACCUCUCCGCCGGCAAAAAAUCAAACGACAUCGUUUUAUCGCUCGACGAAAAUCAGACGAUCCACGAUGAUUUCCUCGACGCGAGAGUCUCGUGGCUGAAUCCAGUGGGUGUUGUGGAGGAUGAGGCAAAUAGGAAUUCUGAUGCUGAUGUUUUGGGUGAUGAUGUGGGAGGCAAGGAUAACGAUGCUGAGGAUCUGGGUGAUGAUGUGAGAGCUCUAAAUGUGUCUGUGGGAAAGAGAGAUAGAACUGAUGAGAGUGUGGGAGAUAUGGCUGAUCAAAAUAUGGGAGUGGGUAUGGGACAUGACAGUGAGGAUGAUGGGAGUUAUAUACCAUCUUCUGAGGAUGAGGAAAUUGAUGAUGACAUGGAUGCUGAGGAUGGAGGGAAGAAAAGUGACUAUGUGUCAAAGGAUGAGAAUUCUGAAGAAGGUGACAUAUACUCUAGUUCAACUGAUUCUCAGGAUGAAGGGAGAAGAAGGUUGGAAAGGCAUGGUAAAUUGAUGUAUGAUCCACGGUGUGAUCAUAAGAAUUUGAAAAUGUGCUUUGGAAUGGGAUUUGUUGAUGGUUUUCAAGCAAGGGAUGCUCUGACAGACGAUGCAGUGGAGAAUGGUUGGGAGAUACACUUCAAAAGGGCAAGUAAGAAGGCAUUUGAGGCAGCUUGCAAGAGUACUUGCAAGUGGUUCUGUUCUGGGAGUAUAGCGGAGAUGAAUGGUUCUGUAGUGAUAAAGAAACUUGAACCAGAGCACGCAUGUCCUAGGGCUAUGAGAAACAAGAUUGUGACCUCAAAUUGGAUUGCUAGAAAAUACUUGCAUGUGUUUAGACUUAGGCCAGAGUUCAGCUGUAAGGAGUUGGGGAAGGACUUGAUGCAACGAUUUGCAUUUGAUGCAACCAAAUGGAGGUUAUACCACUCCAAGAGAAAGGCAAUUGACAUGCUGAAGGGAACGUUUGAAGCUCAUUAUGCAAAAAUGAGGAGCUACAUUCUGGAGUUAAGUAAGUAUGACAGAGAAGGGAGGUUUGAACUACAUGUAGAUGUUGGUGUUGUUUUCAAGGCUGUGUACAUCGGUUUCAGUGGCCUGAGAAAGGGAUUCAAGGAGGGAUGUAGACCUGUAAUUGGUCUAGAUGGGGCUUUCCUCAAGACAUAUCUUGGUGGGAUAUUGCUCACGGCCGUAGGGACUGAUGGAAACAAUCAAAUGUACCUCAUUGCUUGGGCUGUGGUUGAAGCUGAGAAUGAAUUAUGCUGGACUUGGUUUAUUAAAAUUCUGAUUGAGGAGUUGAUAUUGGGUGAAGGACUAGGCAUUACAAUUAUCAAUGAUCAGCAAAAGGGACUUGAAAAUGUUGUACAGAGUCUACUUCCACUGGCUGAGCAUAGAAACUGUGCAAGGCAUAUCUAUGCAAACUGGAAAAAAACUCACAAAGGUCCACUUUUAAAGAAUCUUUUCUGGAAGCUUCUUAGAAGUACUUACAUGGAAGUGUAUGAGAUUGCUUGCAGAGAGCUCGAGAAGGAAGAUGGACAGGCAUAUGCAGACUUAAUGGACAAGAACCCAAGCAGAUUCUGUAAGGCAUUUCUAACUCCUGACAACUACUCUAAUGCCAUUCUGAACAAUGUGUGUGAGUGCUUUAAUGCCUACAUUCUUGAGGCAAAGAGUAAACAUGUGUUAAACAUGAUAGAUGAAAUGAGAACCAAACUGAUGGACAGGCUAUACAGAAAGAGUUUAGACAUGGAGAGUGCUAGGAUAAAUUCAAAUGUGUGUCCAAAGGUGAGGAAGAAAAUUGAAGCUAUGGUCUAUGAAAGUAGAAACUGUACUACCAUUCCUGCAGUUGGGGGGAAAUUUGAAGUUAGUCACUUUGACUAUAGGUUUGUAGUGACUCCUUCAUUAAGGCAGUGUGGGUAUAGGAAAUGGGAUUUGACUGGCAUCCCUUGUCUCUAUGCAUGCGUUGCUAUUCAUUUCCUCAAGCAGAACGUGGAUGAUUAUGAUCGAAACAUAUCUUCACGAUCCAUAACGGAAGCGAUUAGGGAAGGAGGAGAAGAUUUCCUAGAACUUUCUUUGAUUCAGUGA